AUGCCUAAGUCAAAGGAACUUGUGUCUUCAAGCUCAUCUGCCAGUGAUUCAGAUAGUGAAGUUGACAAAAAGGCAAAACGGAAAAAGCAAGCAGCCCCCGAAAAACCUGUAAAGAAACAAAAGACUGGUGAGAGUUCAAAAGGUGCAGCUUCUUCUAAGCAAAGCAGUAACAGAGACGAGAAUAUGUUUCAGAUUGGCAAAAUGAGGUACGUCAGUGUUCGUGAUUUUAAAGGGAAAGUCUUAAUUGAUAUUAGAGAAUAUUGGAUGGAUCAAGAAGGUGAAAUGAAGCCUGGCAGAAAAGGUAUUUCUUUAAAUCCAGAACAGUGGAACCAGCUGAAGGAACAGAUUUCUGAUAUUGAUGAUGCAGUAAGAAAACUGUAAAGACAGAGCCAUACAGAAACUUCUAUCAUUUUAGUUGUUUUAAGCAGUCUUUUUACAUUGGCUUUUGUUUUCUAAAAUAUUGUUUUCCAAGCUAUUGUAUAUUUGGAUUGCAAAACAAUUUGUAAGAUGAAUACUUUUUUUAUGUGCAUUAAAAGUGUAUUCUGAGUGAGGCUAUUUGUGUAUACUUUACUAAAAGAAAAUGUGGUGUUUUCACCUCAUGGUGCAAAAUAAACAAAUGAAAUAAUAUGUAAAGCA